UUUUAUUUUUCGUUUUUGAUAAAUCGUCCAUCGGAAAAACUUCAGGAUAAGCACGUGUAGAUGACAGCAAUAUUUCCUUUGCAUUUGGUCUAGGUAGAUCAUCAUAGAAUAUUCAUAAUCAAAUAUAAUUGGCAUAUAUUUGCCAAAAGCGCAGUGAGAUGCCGAAAUCCAAGAAAAAGAAAAAUCAGGACUUCCAAAAAGUCAAGUUGAAAGUUGGACGUAGGCUUCAAAAGGCUGAUAAUGUGACUAACGCUAGCUUCAAGUCCCGGUCUGUCCAAGUGGUUCAGCACAUAAAGACAGGUGAUGGGAGCGAACCCACCACAAGACGCAACCUGAACAUCAUGGAUCUGUUGAAUCAGUGUCAACAUUACAGUGCAUCUGUCCGAUUGGAUGCUGUGGGUGGGUUACGAGAACUCUUGUCUUCACACCCGGAAAUCCUCCAGCAUUAUCUCUCUCAAAUCAUCGAUCGUGUUUCCCAGUUAGUGGUCGACAAAGACCCAACGGUGAGGUCAGCUGUGAUUAAACUUUUCCGACAAGUUAUUCCGCAAGUGGACGUUCACAAAAUGCGGCCUUUUUUUCCCAUCAUCAGUGCUCACGUGUGUUGUGCCAUGACUCACAUUUACGACGACAUUCAAAGUGACUCCUUAAACAUUCUUGAUAUAUUUUUAGAAUUUCAUCCAUCUCUGAUUAUCGAUCGAUCAAGUCAAAUCAUUCCAAAUUUUAUUGAGCAAAUAUCUCAUCAAAAUACCUCAAAGAAAUCUAGUGCUGGGGGUAGAUCCCUCAGUAUCAAACCAGAUGGGAAAAUCCAGGCUCACAAGUGGAGGAAUCAAGUUCUCUCAAGGCUCAGCAACUUACUGUCAACAUUGUUAGAGAGAUCAGGAUAUCUUACCAUAGAGUCGUGGACUGAGGAGAAAAAAGGGGAAGGGUUGAAGGUUGUUUGGAGAGAGGAGGAGGAAGUGAAAUCUGCAGUAAUCCCCCAGCAUUUCCAGAAUGUUUGGACCAACCCAGGACACAAGAUCAGUACAUUAAAGAACGUUCUGUCUACUGAAAUGGAAGAGAGAGGUUAUAAUCUGAGAGAACCAAGCGGGGUACUGCAUCUUCUGGAGACAUUGGUUCCCAUCUUACUGGAGUGCUGGGUGGAGGCCACAGCCACUCAACACAAAGACAUGGAGGGUCACCUGCUGUCUGCUGAAGCUUGUUCUCUAAGACAUGGCGUGGUGAAAACGGUUCUACUUUUAUUACAAUAUGCAAGACAGGUUAUACAGGUGGGUUGGGAGAGCAGCGUUGUCCACUUCUUGGCCGAUUUUCAGCAGCAUUUCCUGAAAUUCUUUCCUUACUCUGCUCACUCUCCUACAAGUCAUGGAAAGAAGAAGGUCAAGCUGGACAAUGUACAGAACAUGGUUCAUUCUCUGAACAUCACAAUCUGUGACAUCAUGUCCUUCUUCUUGACCAGCAGUCGAAUAUCAGAACACAGCAGUGCACUGCGUCACACAAUUACGCAGUAUUUCCAGACGUAUUUAUGUGAUGAGGAGUACGAUUCAACGGGCACCUUACAAAUCCUGCAGGUCAUAGAAAGACUGACAGAAAACUGCCAGGACAAUGAGGGUCUCCAGCAGUUACUGUCUGUCCUGGUAACUCGUUUUACCCACAUCCACCACAUCUCUAAGGAGAAAAAGCUCCUUUUGCAUUUCUUUUCUCGGUUGAUCAUCAAAAAUAGAAUAGUCAUAAGAGAAGACAUCAGACGAGAAUUUCUGGAGUCCCUGACGCCAUUGUUUAACUUGUGUGUGAAGAAUUGUGUGAUGUCUGAACAGAUACUGGAAGUCCUUAGUGAUCUCGCCACCAGGUCGGCAGACAAUUACGACAAUGGAGUGAUGUCCUUUGUAUCAUCUGUGUUAGAGCUGGAUUUGGACAGAGUGUUUUCUAUGGACAACAAAUGCUUACGGAGCUUUAUAGAGCUUGUUUAUCGUGUGUCAUGGCUGAGUCGGGAGAACUACAGAAAACUGAAGGAUCUGAUACAUGACGAGCGGCUACCAAUUGAAACUGGCCAGUAUCUGCUUCAAGUUCUGCAACAGAGGUAUGGUAGACACAGUUUGACAAUAGAAGAACAUGGACUUUACAUACAGUUUCUUUUUAUGUGUGCCUUUGAUUCAGUGGAAUGCCCAUUGUCAGAUCGGGGGACGGACUGGGAUCGAUUUACACGUAUCGUGUCCAUCAGUCAGACGGUGUCAGAACAGCUGUCAAUGUUUCCAAACACAGAACAAGUUGUGGAACUCUUCUGUUGCUUCCUACGUAAAACAAAUGUGGUGACAAAUGAUGAAAUAGGAAUGUCCAUUCGUAGAAUUGUAAUCUUUGUCACACUGGCGUCAAAACUAAAAAUUUGGAAUUACCCAAUCAGCAGGCAGGUAACAGAAGAAGCAUUGGAUUGGAUCUGGAGCUACCUGCUGAUGAUAACAGAGAGUGAUGCGGGAUUACCUAUUAAUGCACUCAUAGCUGAAGAAGUGACAGAAAAAUGUCGACAAUACUUAUCCGCAGGAGAACAAGUUCUACAGCAGUUCUUAAGGAUGAUAUUACGGGCUCUCUCAGACAGUGGUAAUGUUGAAGAAGUUCAUGCUGUUCAGCGGGCAGCCAUAUUGAUUCUCCAGAAGGAUCUGCCUUGGCCAAUGAUAUCAGAGGAUCUGAAUUGUCAACCAAUCAUAGAUGAUAUAGAGAAGAUUGAAGGUCUUGUGUCACAGCACGGUUGGAAAAAAUUGAAAAAUCUGUUAUUGAAAUUCAAUAAUAAAUGUAUAGAAUAAAA